AGCAGCACUGCUCCUCACUUACUUCAGUGUUGUUGCAGCGGUGCAGAGCUUCACAUCUCGUCCUCGGCCUAUUUGAUUCUGGUGUGGUGAUGGGUUUCGCAGACCCCAACACUCCCAAGCCUCUGGGUGAGAUGAGUCAAGGCGAGGCUGACCUGGGAAAAGGCCGCCGCAACAAGAUGUUCACCUCUUACAAGAGUUUAAGGUUUGAGAAAGAGCGGCGGGACACAUUCAUUGACUGGCCCGUGAAAUGGUUGAAACCGGAGGACCUGGCUCGUGACGGAUUCAUUUAUCUGCGGGAGGCAGAUCACUGCGCCUGCGUGUUUUGCCGGGGCAUCGUGGGGGCGUGGGAGAAAGGAGACAUCCCUCGGAAGGAGCACCAGCGUCACUUCCCACAGUGCCCAUUCGUCAAUGGGAAGCCGGUUGGCAACAUUCCCUACGCCCAGGGCAUGAUCAUAAUAUCACACUUCACCCCGAGCCCUGAGGCUACCCCUCAGGGCGUGGACGUGUGUGGCCUAGGGAGGCCCAUGCAAGACUCAUACCCUGAAGGCACACCCCCCGGGAAGCUAGAUCUUGACUUCAAGAACAUGGAUCUUUCGCAGCACACAGGCCCCAAGAGAAAGGAUUUCCUUUCUCGAGAAAGGCGCGAGAAGAGCUUCGUUCGGUGGCCAGACCAGGUGAAGCAGACCCCGAAGGACUUAGCUGAGGCUGGUUUCUUUUACUGUGGUAAGCAUUGGCGACGGGAGUAAAAGGGCUGGCUCACAUUCCCACCCCACCUCCACUCUUCGGAGGGAUCCCUUUGUUCACCAACAAGCUUGCGACCUCUCCAUUUUUUCCACGCCACAACCACUCCUGCUGUCACUGCUUUCUCCACUCCAGCCUAACAGUCCUGCACAUCUCCGAGGUGACAAAACUCAUCUACUUCCUGUAUUCUCCCUCCCACAUUCAUCAGUCCACUUUCCCUUCACCCUGUAUGUCCUCCCUCUUUGCAAGCUGGGCACUGAAAAGUUUAAAGUUGGUACGGGCGA